CCUGGGGGUCACCUGUCCCUGUCUGCAGCCCGCGAGUGCCCUCCGCCGCCACCAUGCCCACCCACCGCCUCGUGAUGGUUCGGCACGGUGAGAGCACCUGGAACCAGGAGAACCGCUUCUGCGGCUGGUUCGACGCGGAGCUGAGCGAGAAGGGGGCUGAGGAGGCCAAGAGGGGGGCCCAUGCCAUCAAGGACGUGAAGAUGGAAUUUGACAUCUGCUACACGUCGGUGCUGAAGAGGGCCAUACACACCCUCUGGACCAUCCUGGACACAACGGACCAGAUGUGGCUGCCUGUGGUGCGCACCUGGCGCCUCAAUGAGCGGCACUACGGGGGUCUCACUGGCCUCAACAAGGCGGAGACGGCCGCCAAGCACGGGGAGGAGCAGGUGAAGAUCUGGAGGCGCUCCUUUGACAUACCUCCACCCCCCAUGGAUGAGAAGCACCCCUACUACAACUCCAUCAGCAAGGCACGUCGCUAUGCAGGCCUGAAGCCGGGGGAGCUGCCCACGCAUGAGAGCCUCAAGGACACCAUCGCCCGGGCUCUGCCCUUCUGGAAUGAUGAGAUCGUCCCCCAGAUCAAGGCUGGCAAGAGGGUGCUCAUCGCAGCCCACGGGAACAGUCUGCGGGGCAUCGUCAAGCACCUGGAAGGGAUGUCGGACCAGGCCAUCAUGGAGCUGAACCUGCCCACGGGGAUCCCCAUCGUGUAUGAGCUGGACCAGGCACUGAAGCCCACCAAGCCCAUGCGGUUCCUGGGCGACGAGGAGACCGUGCGCAAAGCCAUGGAAGCUGUGGCUGCCCAGGGCAAGGCCAAGUGAAGGGUGGGCUCUGGCAAUAAAGGCACGUCCUCUCACUG